UUCACCGAGAAGCUACAUUCGUGUUCUCCCAUUUACGUCCUCUUUGUUUUUACUUGUAAUAAUCAUAAGAAUAUUUGACGUAUUACAACGUCAUUUUAUGCUCUAGGUUAUUUUUUUGAUACGAAUGAUAGGUGAGCUGGCAAUCAUUUCUAUUUUUAGCCUGUUCGCUUUUCUGUGAAUUAAGAGCCAAAGAUGACCUCCAAAACGAAAGUGGGAAAGGUUGGCUCCAAAAACAAAGAAGAUGCUCCUCAUGAGCUGGAGAGUCAGUUUGUUCUGCGGCUUCCUCAGGAAUAUGCCUCUACAGUGAGACGGAUUGCCCAGUCUAGCAGCAUGAACAUGAAAGACAGACUUACUAUAGAGUUGCAUGCUGAUGGUCGGCAUGGGAUUGUACGUGUGGACCGUGUCCCUUUAGCUUGUAAAUUAGUGGAUUUACCCUGCAUCCUGGAAUCGCUAAAAACUGUUGACAAAAAGACGCUCUACAAGACCGCUGAUAUCUGUCAGAUGCUUGUAUGCACUCUGGAUGGAGACCUCUACCCCCCUCUAGAGGAGCCCACUGGCACUACAGACUCCAAAAGCAAAAAGAAAGACAAGGACAAAGACAAGAAGUUUGUCUGGAACCAUGGCAUUACUCUUCCACUGAAGAAUACAAGAAAGAGGCGGUUUAGAAAGACAGCAAGGAAGAAGUACAUCGAGUCUCCUGAUGUGGAAAAGGAGGUGAAGAGGCUCUUGAGCACAGACGCAGAAGCCGUCAGUGUUCGAUGGGAGGUGAUUGCUGAGGAUGAGUCAAAAGAACCUGACAACAGUUUAUCUCUGUCGAACCUGGAUUCCUCACCUGGAACCUCGGGACACAAGGGUCAUGGCUUAUCUGUCCAACACGACGAGCUUCGGGAGAUCUUCAAUGACAUCAGUAGUAGCAGUGAAGAUGAGGAUGAGGACGGCGACCGCCACAAUGAUGAAGAUCUUAACAUUAUGGACACUGAAGAUGACAUGGUCAGGCAGCUCCAUGAGAAACUCAAUGAAACUGAUGGAGGAGAUGAGAACGACAGGAACAAUCAGAUCGUAAUGGAGUUCCAGGUGCAGAUCAACAGUCUGAAGGCCAAGCUGCAGGAGACACGUGCCCGCAAGAAGCAACAGGAGAAAUUGAUCAUGGAGGUGGAAAAUCAAGCCCUGAGGGAUCGUUUCCAGGCUCACUUGAAUGACAUGACCCAUCAAGAGGAGGAAGAGAUGGAGCAGCUGGCCUCCCUGCAAGAGCAGCUGGAUUCACUGAUCGAGAAGUGAUGCCUGACAACUACCAAGAUACUGCAAUGCAAAGAAUCGAACCAGAAACAACUGCUUAAUGCAUCAUGUCAUAACUGAAUUUCAUCUUAGAUUGGUUUUGUGUUUAAAUCAUGGAGUUGGAAGUUCUGACACGUAAUUUUCUGUAAAUUCCAAUGGAUCCAAUGUUUUUGUGAUACUUUUCCUUUUAGGUUCUAUAUAUGUACUGUAAAUUAAUGUGACUUUUUAUAUGGAGAUACUUCAAACUGCAGUAUUUUAAAUAAAUUGGUAGUUGUAACCUAACAUGUUCAUGCAC